AUGCACUGUCUGAGGUCGAUUGUGUUUUCAUUGCUGUCUGUGCUGGCGAUAGCUGUUUUUAAUGUACACUGCACCGAUGUACCGAUACCUAUCCAACGCCAUGGCAUGGUAUACAAAUAUUCUCGUUUUUUCAGUCCACUAAAACCCUUGGCCAUGUCUGAAAAAGUCGAGAGACGUAUUGAUGAUAUCGAAAAGUCAAUUGGAGAUUCUCGAAUCUAUCGGGGAUUGGUGAUGAAAAAUGGUCUUACCGCUCUAUUGAUAAGUGAUCCUGAGACUGACAAAUCUGCGGCGUCUCUAUCAGUUGCAGUUGGUAGUUUGAGUGAACCUAAAGAUUUGCCAGGUUUAGCUCAUUUUUGUGAGCACAUGCUGUUUUUGGGUACAAAAAAAUAUCCAACAGAAAAUGAAUUUACACAAUUUUUAACACAAAAUGGUGGAUCUUACAAUGCAUAUACCGCAAAUGACCAUACAAAUUAUUAUUUUUCUACCAAGACAGAAUCACUACAACCAUCAUUGGACAGAUUCGCUCAAUUUUUCCUUGAACCUUUGUUUACAACAAGUGCAACUGAAAGAGAAAUUGGUGCUGUCAAUUCUGAACAUGAAAAAAAUGUUGCUGAUGAUUUUUGGCGUCUAGCCCAGUUAGAAAAAAAUGCAGCCGAUCCAAAUCAUUCCUAUAACCAAUUUGGAACAGGUACAAAAGAGACAUUAUGGGAUAUUCCUAAUUCAAAAAAUGUUAGUGUCCGUGAUCAACUAUUGGAGUUCCAUUCUAAAUGGUACUCUUCUCAUUUAAUGUACUUAACUAUACUCGGAAAAGAGGAUUUAAAUACUUUGGAAGAAUUGGCUGUAUCUUUAUUUGGAGACAUUAAAAGAAAAGAUGUAGAAAGACCAUAUUGGAAUGAUCCAAUUUAUAAAGAAGAACAACUGGCAACUAAGACUGUUGUAGUUCCAGUAAAAGAUAUCAGAGUGUUGUCUGUCAAUUUUCUUAUUCCAGAUCAAAGCAAAUAUUAUAGAAGCAUGCCUAGUAGGUAUUUGAGCGCUUUAUUUGGUCAUGAAGGCCCUACAAGUAUUUUAACAGUUUUAAAAAAAAGAGGAUGGUCAAGUAAACUUUCAGCUGGCAAUAAAUUUGAAGCUAGGGGAAUUGAGCUUUUUGAUAUUGAUGUGGAUUUAACAGAAAAAGGAGUUGAUCACGUUGAUGAUAUUGUUAAAUUAAUUUUUCAAUAUGUGAAUAUGUUAAGACGUGAAGGACCCCAAGAAUGGUUCCAUGAUGAAAACAGUAAUAUUAGUGCAAUGCAAUUUCAAUUUAAAGAUAAAGGUUCACCUUUAGAUUAUGUUUAUCGGUUGUCUUCUCAUAUGAUUACUUUUGAAUUAGAACAUGUCCUAACAGCUGAAUAUUUAAUUCGAGAAUGGAAACCAGAUUUAAUAGUAGAACUUUUAUCUUACUUCAGACCAGAUAAUAUGAGAGUUACAGUAGUUUCCAAAACAUUUCAAAACGAAACAGAUACUGUAGACAAAUAUUAUGGAACACCAUACUCAAUAAGGAAAAUACCAACAGAGACUUUGAAUGAAUGGAAAAAAGAUGAUUUAUGCGAAGAUUUAAAAAUGCCAUCAAAGAAUGAAUUUGUUGCUACAGAUUUUAAUUUAGUGCCAAUUGAUAAAAACGAACCAGGUCAUCCACAUAUUAUUCAUGAUUCAUUUCUUUUGAGAUGUUGGUUUAAAACGGACACAGAAUUUAGAUUCCCUAAAGCAUUUGUUUCAAUUGAUUUUUUCAGCCACAUUGUAAUGACCGAUCCAUUCCAUUGCAAUAUUAUGAGUCUUUUUGUGAGAUUAUUUAAUGAAGAUUUUUCUGAAUAUACAUGGGAUGCAACCAGGGCUAGUCUAAAUUUAGUUAUUCAACCAAGUAGUUAUGGUUUCAAGAUGCAAUUGAGUGGAUUUAAUCACAAGUUACAUAUUUUACUGAAGAAAACUAUUGAUAAGCUUUUGACUUUCAAGAUUAAUCCACAACGCUUUGAAAUUCUUAAAGAAGAAAAAAUUAGGGAUUUGAAAAAUAUUGAUAUGGAACAACCUUAUCAUAGUGCAAUGAGGUAUAAUUCUGUGGUUUUAUCAGAGGAUGCAUGGACUCCUAAUGAAUUAUUAGCUGCCAUCGAUGACGUUAAGAUUGAAAACAUUGAGGAAUUUAUUGAAAAGUUCCUCUCUCAAAUGUUUAUGGAAUCAUUAGUAUAUGGUAACAUAGAUAAACCUAAAGCAUUAGAACUUAUACAAAUACUAGAAAAACCAUUUUUGGGUCGAGAUGGAUUCCGUAAAUUACUACCUCGUCAAAUGGUUAGGUCAAGAGAAGUACGACUCGAAGAUAGUGAAAGCGCAUUAUUUGAAACAACAAGUGAUCAUCACAGCAGUUCAUGUGUUUAUAUACAUUUACAAUGUGGUCUUCAGUCUACAAUAAAAAAUAUGAUAGUUAGCCUAUUUAACGAAAUUAUCAAAGAGUCGUGUUUUAACACCCUACGUACACAGGAACAACUUGGCUACAUAGUGUUUAGUUCAUCAAGCAGAAGUCAUGGAAUACUGAAUUUGCGUAUUAUUGUACAAUCUGACCGUACCCCAAUGUAUGUUGACUCGAGAAUAGAAAACUAUAUAAACACUAUUGAGAAAUUAUUAAUGAAUAUGCCUGAAGAAGAAUUUAACAAAUACAAAGAUGCUUUAGCUGUUAAAUUGUUAGAGAAGCCAAAGGGCUUGAUGAAACAAGCAGCUGUCUAUCAGGUGGAAAUUGACACACAAGACUACAAUUUCAACAGAGCUCAAAUCGAAGUAGAAGCAUUAAAAUUAAUCUCCAAAGAUGAUAUUAUUAAAUUUUAUAAUGAUCAAAUCAGCCAGUCUGGGCCAGAAAGACAUAAGUUAGCAGUACAUGUCAGAUCUACAUUGAAGAAUACAACUGCGGAAGAAGUGGAUAAUAGUUUGAUGGCCAACAAUACCAUUUUGAUUAAGGAUAUAACAGACUUUAAAAAGAAGCAUCAACUAUAUCAAUUGCCAAACUCAUUUAUGCCUGCUGGACACACAAAAUCCAAGUUGUAA